AUGAGUAACUUUCUUUCCAAGCAGGGCAAACUGUUUUUUUUAAGCAAUGCCAUUCAUUUGCAACUAAAACCAAGACCGAUUCAAGCUUCUAUAUUGGGUCAUCUCAGCACCCUAACCCUAAGGUCGAAAACGAAACCUUUUGGAGGACCAUCCAAAUUCUUCUCUCAAACUUCCAAGAUCGAGUCCAGCUGGAGGGAUCUUUUCAACGGUGCGGGAAAUAGUCGGUAUGCAAGACUAAACAGAUUUCAACAAUUUCAAAAUGGUGGCAACAGAUACAACGGCAAUUCAUUUGGCGAUAAUAGUCUGCGAAAUGUAACAGUGGCAGGAAUUUUGUUCAUGAGCGCUUUUUUCGUCGGGGCACCGUAUCUAUUCCAGUACGUCCCUCCAUUUGCAUAUUUCAAAGCGCAUCCUUCACACUUGGUAUACGGUCUUUUAGGCAUUAAUUGUGGUGUAUUUGCGCUCUGGCAUGUUCCCAGAUAUUGGCGCUUUUUGCAGAGAUAUAUGCUUCUCGAAAAAGAUCGUAUAUACAGCAAAUGGUCGCUAAUUGGCAGUGCAUUUUCGCAUCAGGAAUUUUGGCAUUUGGGUAUGAACAUGCUUGCAUUGUGGUCGUUUGGUACAAGCCUUGCAACAAUGAUCGGACCGGCUAACUUCACUUCGCUCUACAUUAACAGUGCCAUAUUUGGCUCUCUCUUUUCACUUUGGUACCCUCGUAUUGCCAGAAUUUCUAUGAUGGCCCCCAGUUUGGGAGCCAGCGGAGCACUUUUCGGUGUUUUUGGAUGCUUCUCGUAUCUCAUUCCUCAGGCCAAAAUAAUGCUCUUCGUGUUCCCAAUACCGGGCGGAGCGUGGAUAGCAUUUUUAGGCUCCAUGGUGUGGAACGCUGCGGGGUGUGCUUUUAGAUGGGGUUCAUUUGAUUACGCUGCUCACCUGGGAGGUUCCGUAGCAGGUAUCAUAUAUGGAUACUUGAUAUCUGAAAGAAUGAAGAAAGAGAAUCAGCGCCGGAUGAGAAGGUUGUCGAUGUUUUAG